AUGGAGCGUAUACUAAAAGGCCAUAAUCACCUCGUGACAGAAGCAAUUAGCACUGACAGUAACACGAUGCUUCACUAUGCGGUUGGAAUAUAUCGUAAUGAUUUCUUGAAAAAGUUGAUUUUUUAUAUGAAUGGAGAACAAGUACUUAAACCGAGAACGUCUGACGGAAGCACAGCGCUUCACAUUGCUGCGACUGUUGGGAACACACGUGCAGCUAACCUCCUGGUUAAAAAGAACAGCAAGUUGUUGGAAAUUCCAGACCAUAAUGCUAAAACACCAUUGCAAAAUGCUUAUGAAAAUAUGCAUCUUUAUACCAUCGACUGUUUGUUGAAAGCUGUCAUGGAUGGUAGCAAACCCAAGUCCCCAACAACUUCUUUAGGAUGCUCUGGUGACAAUAUUGAGCAAAUUGAGGUUGACCUUCUUGUUAAUGCUAUUUCUGCAAAACAUUACAGUUUAGCAUCAAAAUUGGUGACACAGCAUCCUACGUCAGCUUCAAAAAGUGAGGAUGUGCUCAUGCCUAUAGCUAAAACCUUUCCGAGUGGGCUAGAUUAUUGGGAAUCACUUGUAUAUCCUCCUUCUUGGAAGAGUAUUGUGUUAUCAGUGAGAAAGGCAGCUUCGUUUCUUUUAUUUCUUCUUGGCUCCGUUCCAGAUGUCAUAUUCUGCGGGAGAAAACAAGAUGGUUUGUCGACAUUGGCAAUACUAGCAGUUUGGCCCUUCAAGCACAUCGAGAACAAAAAGAAGGAAUGGGAUGAAGCAAAAGAGGUUGUAAAAAAGGUAUGUAAUCAAAUAGACAAAAAGAAGGAACAUUGCCACUCCUAUUAUACUCGUGCAAUUCUUGAAGCUGCAUGUCAAAAUGCUUAUAAAGUUGUUGCUGAGAUUUUAAAAAGAUCACCUAGAGCAAUUCAGAGUAGAGAUAAAAGAGGGUAUGACAUUGUUCAAUUAGCAAUAAUGCAUCGUUCCGAAAAAAUCUACAACCUUAUCUAUGACGUUGGCGAGCGGAGAAAUCUUUAUAGAACCUAUGAAGAUUCUUCUAAAAACAAUAUCUUACAUUUAACCGGAAAAUUGGCACCUUCGAGUGAAGUGAAGAAACUUGUGAUUCCCAAAUAUGUUAGUAAAGAAAACAAUUUUAUGGAGACACCAGAUAUGGUUUUCACAAGGGAACAUGAGAAGUUGGUGAAGGAAGCAGAACAGUGGAUGAAAACCACAGCAGAGUCAUUCAGUAUCACUGCUGCACUUAUUACCACAAUCGUAUCUGCAGCUGCAAUUACCGUACCAGGGGGAAGCAGUGAGGACAAAGGGACCCCCUUGUUUAAAAAGGAACCUGCAUUCAUUAUCUUCUCAAUAUCAGAUGCAAUCUCGCUAUUCGCGUCCAGUACGGCAUUACUAGUGUUCUUGUCUAUCCUAACUGCACGUUUUGCUGAGAAAGACUUUCUAGUCAGUUUGCCAAGGAGAUUGUUUAUUGGACUUUUCUCCUUAUUAGUUUCAACAACAACAAUGAUGAUAGCCUUUAGCGCAACCUUGUUCCUUGUCUUUUGUGAAAAAAAGUCAUUGAUGCUUGCUCCGAUAUGUGGAUUAGCUUUCAUUCCGAUCGCAUUUUUUGUUAGUCUACAUUUCCCCCUCCUAGUGGAUCUUUUGAAGUCGACAUAUUCACACAUCUCUGGUAAUCAAAGGAAACGCAUUCUCAAAAGUUCUAAUCCUGAUGAUCAUGUGGUUGCGUUUUUGUAA